AAAAUAUACACCACUUUUGUUGACAUUCGGUCAUCGACUGAAAUUGAAGUGAAGCUCUCUUUCCUCGCUGACUUAUUCAUCUAAAUGGCGUCGGGUUACCGUAAAUCAGCUCCCUCUGCCAGCCAAAGGAAAAAAGCUGGUCCCAAAGUGGAGCUGACUGAGGAGCAAAAGCAAGAAAUUAAGGAGGCUUUUGAUCUAUUUGAUGCAGAUGGCACUGGCGUAAUAGACGUGAAGGAGCUUAAGGUUGCUAUGCGAGCUCUCGGGUUUGAACCAAAGAAAGAAGAAAUCAAGAAAAUGAUUGCAGACAUUGAUAAAGAGGGCUCAGGGACAAUUGACUUCAGUGAUUUUCUCUGUAUGAUGACACAGAAGAUGAGUGAGAAGGACUCCAAAGAAGAAAUAAUGAAGGCUUUCCGGCUGUUUGAUGAUGAUGGCACGGGCAAAAUCUCAUUCAAAAAUCUUAAGAGAGUUGCCAAGGAGCUGGGUGAAAACCUUACAGAUGAAGAAUUACAGGAAAUGAUCGACGAGGCGGACCGAGAUGGAGACGGAGAGGUCAACGAGAAUGAGUUCUUGCGGAUAAUGAGGAAGACCAAUCUUUACUGAACUCAAUUGUUACAGUCUUGUUCCCAAGACCUUUGUUCUUUGUUCCUUUCUUUUUUUAUUCACUGUUGAUUUUUUCAAGAACAGUUUAUACAGUAGGAAAGAUAGCCAGAUUUGUUUGGUUUGUAAAUAUAUAUUUUAACAUUCUGUAUCUUUGCACAGCCUUUUCUACAAUGCAAGGUAAAUAAAUAUAUUUCAU